UAUAUUGGAAUAUAUUUAUUAAUGAUUGAAUUUAUGCAAAUAAGAAAGUAUAAAAUCAAAUAUAUUACGAUAUUUAAUAUUUUUAAUUUAAGCAGUAUUAUUUUGGGUAUAAUUGUUUUUUCUUUAUGUGUUAUGUUUUAUGCUGGAUUUAUUGUUGCAAUUGGAGAAGAUAUAAAUCUUAUUUUAAGAUCAAUAACUACAUUAACACUUUGGAUUGAACUGCUCUUAUGGCUUCGAAUAUUUUCAGUAAUAGCCAUAAAUAUAUUUAUUUUUGGAAAUAUUUUAAAAACGAUUAUACCAUUUUUUGCUUUUAUGUUUAUUCUAAUAAUUGCAUUUGCACAUUCAUUACAUAUGAUGGUACCAAUUUCAUUGCGCAAAAUUGAAGAUUAUCCUUUUCAUACAAUAUGGGAAUCUAUACUUUCCAUGUACUUUUUGAAUUCAAUUAGUUUAAGUACUUACAAUUAUAUACCAUUAAAAUUUUUCUCUUUCAUAGCUAAUAUUAUUAUAGUUCUUGUUUUAAUAAACAUGAUUAUUGCAUUAAUGAAUGACACAUUUAAUAAGGCUAGAGAGGAUAGUA